AUGGGCUUUCGAUCACUGCUCUUAUUCUCUCUCAUCUUUCGCCGCAGCUUCACUGCAAUGAUGGUGGAGAAUUUCUACUCCCGAACUGUUACUUCGGAAAUUGCUUCGUGCUCUGUAAAGGAAGCUUUGGUGGUGAUGGAAUCUGCACCUGAUCAUGAAGUACCGAAACCAUGCCAGGUAGAUGAAAGUGAGAAUGCUGGUGAAUUUAGGGAUGGUGCUGAUAAUGAAGAACCUAAUUAUGGUAAUCAGGGCAAUUAUGAUGAUGAUGAUAUGUCUGGAGAGGAAGGGAGUGAUGAUGGCUCAGGGGAUUCUGAGGAUGAUGCUGAUGCCUAUGGCAAUGGAGGAAGCGAUGACAAUGAUAAGGACGACGAUGAAGAGGACGGAGAAGAACAUGAAGAGGAAGAUGAUGAGAAGGAACAGUCAGUGGCUGCUAGCAGUGAUGAUACAACAGAUUCUGAAGAGGAUAUGGAUGAUCAUCUUUAUUCUUUGCUAAGGCAUGCAAGGGAAGUUUAUUCGCCUAAUAAUUUUCAUAUGUUUGAACAUGAACAUAAAAAGUCGAGAACACUUGGUGUUGAUGUUGUCUGGGAGGAUUCUGAUGCGAGAGGGCUGAUCUUUGAAUACAAACUUGAAAAGUUUGGACAUCAUUUUAGACAUCAUACAGUUACUGCACUGCCCUGUGAUGGCAUCAUAAAUUGCAGCUGUAAUUAUUUCGAGAUUUCUGGAAUUUUAUGCAGCCAUUCACAAACAGUUCUCAGAUGCUUGCGCAUUGAGAAGAUCCCAGAACAUUACUUACCAAAGAGGACAAAAAAAGGAAGGUGUGAUCCUGUGGAAGAACAUUGCUGUCUCAAAGAUAGUUACGAGCAACUUCAAUCAUCUUCCCCUUGCUCUCACAAUAGCCGGUUAAUGGGUGCUUGCAUUGACGAUGCAAAAGGUUCUGAAGAUGGUAGGAACAGAGAUGCUGAUCUUGUUGAUGCGCCUCUAUUGAGGCAUGCUAGAGAUGUUUAUAUUUCUGAAGCUGUUGAUAUGUUCCAGGAAGAAUAUAAGGAGUCUGAAUAUCAUUUUGCAGAUGUUGUUGAUGAAACUUACGACCACAGAGGAAUCGUUGUUGAGUGUGAAGUCAGAAAGCCUGGGCAUUACUCUUAUCAUAAAGUUCAUGCAGAGUCAGCCAAUGGCAUCGUAAAUUGCAGCUGCAAGAAUUUUGAGUAUACAGGAAUUCUAUGCAGGCAUGCUGUAUGUGUCCUUGAUUCUUUGUGCAUAGUAAGAAUCCCAGCCCAAUACAUCCUAGAGAGCUUUGAUGAAUUGAUGAACAUGGCUGCUAAGUCCGACCAGGCUCAAUAUUUGAUUGAGCAAACUCUUGAGGAACUAACAACCAUGUUAAGUGACACGUCAAAGAAUCACAACCAUACUGAAACUGGUGAGGCUUCACUUGUUGCAUGUGAAAGGGAAAAUUUCAUAAUUACUUCACAGGAACAAAGAAAAAAGAAACAAAUAUGCUUGCUUGAUGGCCAAACUUUAAAGGAUUGCAUUGAGGAGUUGAAGACAAAAAGAUGCCAAUGCCCCUGUACGGAGCCUCUCUUUGUUCUGUAUCUCCACCAGUUUGUCAUGCAUCUCAGGUAG